AUGGAUAAGAAGAGAAGAAGAAGCAGAAGUCCAGAGAAGACCUCAACUGAAGGAAGAGCACAGAAGAAAUAUCGAGUGGAGGCCACAACACCGCCGGCCCUCGAUAUCAAUAAUUAUCAGCUGAUAAAAAAGCUGGGAGAAGGCUCUUUUGGCAAGGUGAUGUUGGCUUCUUAUACCAUCAAGAAGCAACAUGUUGCCUUAAAGCUUAUAGAGAAGGAAGAGGAGACGAACCACAAAGACAUCAGGAUGGAAGCUGCGAUACUGCGGUUAGGAAGGAUAUGUCCGUUUCUUAUACGGGCAUAUGCAACCUUCCAAACUGAGUCACUCGUAGUAUAUGCGAUGGAGUAUGCCAGAGGCGGAACGCUGCACCAGCUUAUAGAGCGUCAGCAAUAUUUCACCAGUCUGGAAGUGCAGUUUUAUUCAGCGGAAAUAUUCCUUGGAUUACAGUACCUGCAAAAGUAUGGGAUUGUUCAUCGAGACCUUGAUACAGAAAACAUCUUGCUGAAUGAAGAGGGCCACGUGAAGAUCGCCGAUUUUGGCCUAGCAUGUACUAACCAGUUAGGCUCAAAGGCCUAUCAUGGUAUAGUUGGAGCAUCAGGAUAUAUGGCCCCGGAGGUAUGA